GCUUCGAGGGGCGGUGGCUGCCAUUGUCGUCUCAGCGCUCGGCUAACCCGGCAGUGAGCUGAGGAGGAGGUUGAAGGGAAGUGCGGCUGUUGGGUCUGCGGGCGCCAUGGAGCCCGCGCAGGCGAAAUUACAUUAUCGGCCCUUCUGCUUCAGUGUGAAAGGCCACGUGAAGAUACUGCGGCUGGCUCUAACUGUGACAUCUAUGACCCUUUUUAUCAUCGCACAAGCCCCUGAACCAUACAUUGUUAUCACUGGAUUUGAAGUCACCAUUAUUUUCUUUUUCAUAAUUUUAUAUAUACUCAGACUUGACCGAUUAAUGAAAUGGUUAUUUUGGCCUUUGCUUGAUAUUAUCAACUCACUAGUAACAAUAGUAUUCAUGAUCAUCGUAUCUGUGUUGGCACUGAUACCAGAAACCACAACAUUGACAGUCCUUGGAGGGGGUCUUAUUAUAGCAGCUUUAGCUUGUUUCUUGGUCGCUCAAGCCCAUGAGUGGUAUGUAGCAAUCACAGUUCUGGAAAUCUGCAUCGUCCUUGGUUUUAUUCUAAUAUAUUUGCUAACCCUUCACCGCUUGCUGACUUUUUUACAUUGGCCCUUACUUGAUCUUAUCAACAGUGUCAUUACAGCUGUGUUCCUUUUAGUAGUUGCCAUCUUGGCCAUGGAAGAAAAGAAAAGAAGGCACUUAUUCUAUGUUGGAGGGCGGCAAUCGUGUGUGCCAUCGAUGGGCUUGUGGUCACGAAGAUGAUGAGAAAUAACUUGAAAAGAAUCGUGGGAGUCCAAAUUGAAACCAAGCAGUCCCGCGACCAGCCGCCCAAACGCCAACCUGCC